GAGGAAGCAGCACAAAACACAAAUAUUGCAGCAUUUGUCUGCUCACACUUGAGGAGGACUAAGAGGCGGGUCUCAGUUUACUGGGAGAAAACUGCUGCAAGGAGCUCCAAACUGCACCACAAAAUGAUACUGCUCACACAGGAAUGAUAAGAUGCCUCUCUUACCAGCAACAAAAGGAGACUUUUGAGAGAAUGCUCAGCUUCCGGCUUGCCUAUAUUUUCUCGUAUAACCUGUUCCAGUUCUGUGGACAUACAUGGAUACUGGCCAAUACCAUAGCCAGAUAUUUCACAUUUGGUAAAGAUGCCUUAGCAGACACGUUCUACUCGGUGGGCUUUGUGAUGAGUCUGUGUCAGCUGCUCUCCAUCCUGGAGCUCUUCCACAUCGCAGACGGGAUUGAGAAAGCCAGACUCCUCCCUCGCUUUGUGCAAGUUAUGGAGAAGAACAUUCUGCUGAUCAUGGUGAUCUUGCUGGAGGAGAUCCAGAGUAAACCCGUUGUGUGUGCACAGUUGUUCUUGUGGAACAUUCUGGACCUCCUACGGUACCCACAUGAGCUGCUGUGUGUUAUGGAUACACCCUCCAUCGCCAUGCUGUGGAUACGCUACACACUCUGGAUCCCCUUAUACAUCCUGACAGUGGCCAUUGAAGGUUUCACUAUCUACCAGGUCCUGCUCCAUGUUGAGCCAACAGCAGCGAACUCAUCCCCUCUGAAAUCCACACUUUCAACACAGAUUCACCUUCCCUUCCUCCUCAUGGUCUACCUGCCUUUUCUGGCUCUCGGGGCAACUGUGACAGUCUGGCAACUCCUGAAGGAGAGACACCACCAACUGGGCAAAUGGAACAAGAAAAUGAAAAUGAAAAUGAAAUGACACGUUAAGACUCACUUCAGGAAGUUUAUUUUUUGAUAAAAUACCAUGCGUGCUGUUACUUUUUAGCAAGUUUGUUAAAUUAAAACUAUAAUGAAAAGAAAAUCUUGAACUGAAGAGCCAUAGAAUCAAAUUCAACAUCAUUAAAUAUGUUGUGUGUUUGAAGAUCUUUUUAUUGGAAUAUAUUGUUUUGGAGCACAUUCCUCUGAUGUGGCUGAAUGAGAUGAAGUGGAGCUUCACUUUCUCCAUGUUGAUGCAGAGAGCCUCACACAUGUCCAGCCAUCCGAGCUUAUUAAUACUGCAGCCAUUUAUUUGUGAAGAACACCUGUAAGCGUAGCCACGGUAACAGUCUGUCAUGGCUCCUCUGGGCUACCACCCGUACGCUCUGGUCCACACGGCUUUCUUCUUAAACUCGGCAGAGGACUUGAGGGCCAGCAGGGCGGCUGGAACACAAGGAAGAUCACAUUUUUCAUCCGUGACAGAUUGUUGUUUGUUAUUGUGAAUUCAUGAUGUGAAUCCACCUGCAUGGGCUUCUAUGUGCUGUGUUUGUUAUGUCUCAGUGUCCUAACAAUCAGCCUCAGUGUUUCCCUGUGGAGUUUUCUGUUAACAGUUUACAUUACAUAUUUGACCCUGGAUGCCCAACAUCCAGGGUGAAUGCAUUUCAUUCCUCAUUAAACAUUUACAAAGACCAUCUUU